ACUGUAGUCCCGCAUAUGGCGUCUAUUUUUAGCAAUCGCGUGGCGCAGCGACCCCUGACGGCCUCAGGCAGAAACGCGUGUCAUUCCGCGCGUCUCCAAUUCAACCACCUUCUUAUACCAAGCUUCAUGGCAUCGGCCCCAGAUCCUUAAACGGGCCUGGACGGCAUUGGAUAUUUGAAAAACAACCAGAACCACGGAAAUUAUUAGUGACAUGAACAAUGCUCGACGAGAACCUCCCCGCCUUCUUCAUCAAGAAAACGCAACAAAAGUUCCUUUGGACUAUCUAUCACUCUUAUCAUGGUAGCGAGCCUACACCUGCAUAUACUCUCCGGCAUCCUGACCCCGCGACUCCUUCAUCCAAGAAUCGCUACGCCGCCGCUUUAGUUGAUCCCUACGUGCCGGACAUCGUCUAUGGCGAAGUCCUGCUCAUCCCCGAAUGGACACAACCCAGUCUCUCCGCAGAUGCCAUCCGCCAAAACGGCGGCGUCACCCCGUCGCCAGAGCCAAUCCUCCCAACGCGCUUCACCGUCCAUCUCUAUAACCCUGACCAGCAGGUUACCGUGGAAUACAAACCGAAGACAUGGAACAGUCCCGCGACCUGGUCAUUUGAAAUGCCACAGCAAUCCUUCCGACAGCCCUCUAGCUCGACUCUUGACCGGACACAAACAGACCCUGCGGCGGCAGAUACCACGCCCAAGCUUCGCUUCAGCUGGCGGAAGGAUAGUAAGCUAUCGAAGGACCUGACAUGCCUGUGUUCUGGGAAAACCACUUCGUUAUCCGAGUCAAAAGCCAAGAACAAGGAGCCAGAUAUCACCGUUUCUAUUUUCCAGGCAUUGCGUGAAUUGACACUCUACGAACCAAAUCUGUAUCGGGUGGAAAUGGAGGAUUUCAAGGGUUUGGAGGUUGUGCUCUUGUUGGGGGCAGUGACUAUUCGCGAUGUGUAUUUUACUCCGAUGAAAGAUGCGUUCAGGCUGGAGAGAUCUGCGACGACGCCGAUCUCUGCAGGCCCCAGUCCUCCUGUGGUUGCUGCGAACAUUCCCAAUGGAAACAACCCUACCCCCGCAGCUAAGAAAGAUAAACAACCCGUCUCAACGGCAUCUGGGGCACUCAACGCAAGCUCAAAGCCGUCAAUCCUAGAAGAGCCCGCUAUUGAAAAUCCCCCACGACGCAAGCAGCAGGAACAGGAGAAAGAAGCGGAGCGACGGACCAAAAAGCUUCUUGAAAGAGAAGAGCAGGCCCGCCGUAAACGUCAGGCCGAGCGCCAGGCCGAGAUCGAUAAGGAAACCCGUCGUCUCCAGAGGCUUUACGGGCAGGAGGAACAGAGAGUACGCUUCUCUACCCCGUCUCUUCCCCCGCGGCCUGCGCAAUCACCUCCGCAGGCAGAGCCGCCAAAUGUUGCCGGGCGUGGGGGCCCGGCUCAGCGGUACUAUCAUACUCACCACCACGCCCCGUCCGUGCCACAUAUCGGACACGGGCCGUAUAUGCAAGUCUCUGGCGGGAAUACCCGGAGACAGUCGUCGUUGGCAUUCGUGCCAAUGCAACCGCCGUCAACGGCAGCACCGAAGCCACAAAAGCUGGCCCCGAAAAAGAGCUUCUUCGGGUUCCGGAGAACCAAUUCCGACGAAAACAAACUCAGCAAAAAGCGCAGCUCGAUGUUCUGAAUAUUGAUUGAUUCCGUUAAGAAACGAAGUUAUGAUACCCACGGCGUCGGCGUUCAAAAGAAAAAGAAAAUACGGAAACGAAAAAGGUCCUAUGUAUAUACAUAGACUCAAGAGCAGUCAUAACCUGAAAAUACAAAGCAAGACCUUCAGCAGAAUUUAUACCGAGUCGGAUUUCCAAACCCUAAGCCAACGGCCGUCCGUCAACACCCUCAGUAGUAAUCCUAACCGGCAAAAUAUUCCCCUGCUCAUCAAACUCCAUCCGAUCAAUACAAGUCACCCGAUGAUCCCGC